AUGACAGACCCCAGCACCUCGAAACCGACAGCGUCAGCUGCGGGUACACAGCCGAAAGUGCAGAUCGUCGGUGAUCUCCCGCCUGCACCUACACUCGCAGCCAACGGCAUCUCUGCCGACCAAAACGAUUCGGAUUCGGACGACGAUCGCGCGGCUGACGAGGCAGAGGAGGACGACCCGCAAACCGAAGAUGAGGCGGGUCCAUCAACUGCGGCUGGCGAGCCAGAGCCUGCGAACAACGGCAUCACGCGAGGCGUCGUGCAGUAUGGAUCGGUGCGCGUCGAUCACUCCACUGCACCUCCCAACGCAGCCGAACCACCAACAGAAGAGAUUCCGGACGACUCGGAGCUGCUCCUCCACUAUCCUGACACCGAACAAGUGAUCGAUUUGGGACAUCUGCGUCUCACCACCACCAAGCGACUCGGUCUACAGCGGUUUGCGGGCUCGCUCAAGCGCUUGUGUCUGCGUCAAAACCUGCUCACAAAGAUCCGGGCCAAAGACAUUGGCAGCCUGACGCAGCUCGAAGACCUCGAUCUGUACGACAACAGCAUCGAGAAGAUAACCGGGCUGGACGAGCUGACGAAGCUCGAAUCACUCGAUCUCUCGUUCAACAACAUCCACCACAUUUCGGGCGUUUCGCACCUGGGGCGGUGCAAGACCAUCUACUUUGUCCAGAACAAGAUCUCUCGCGUUCGCGCCGACGAUCUACAGGGACCUAUUGCGGGAUCGCUCGAGAGUCUGGAGCUCGGCGGGAACAGGCUGCGCUCGAUCGAGAAUAUUGGGCAUCUGACCAACCUCACCCAGCUCUGGCUCGGCAAGAACAAGAUCACCUCGCUCGACGGCAUUUCGUCGCUCACCAAUCUCAAAGUGCUCUCGAUCCAGUCGAACCGCAUCACGAAGCUACAAGGCCUGGAAGAGCUGGUCAAUCUGGAGGAGCUCUACAUCUCGCAUAACGGUCUCACAAAACUCGAGGGGCUGGAGAAGAACGUCAAGCUGACAACGCUCGACGUGGGCGCGAACAUGAUCGAAGCGGUGGAGAACGUGGGGCAUCUGAGCAAGUUGGAAGAGUUCUGGGCGAACGAUAACCGCAUCAGCGACCUGAACGGGCUGGACCGAGAGCUGGGCGUGAGCCGGUGUCCGGCGUUGGAGACGGUGUAUCUGGAGGGCAACCCGGCGCAGAAGAAGGAAGGUCCCGCGUAUAGGAGGAAGGUCAAGCUGCUGCUGCCGCAGUUGAAGCAGAUCGAUGCUACUUUUGUCAGGUAG